GUCAUCAAAAGAUCGCCGAUCGUUGCUCUGGUUGCAAGAUAGUGCUCGAAACGAUUUUGAUGUGCAUUUUGGUGUAACCGCUUGCUUUCUCUACCGAUCAUAAGGAUUAUAUAAAUACACACCCGGCAGCAAAUGAACAAUAAGGGCGAUAACAAGUGGCGCCCAAUGGCGAUAUCGAACCCCUCCACAAAGCUGAGACUUGCGCGCAACAUGCCCCAGUGGGUGAACAAAAGCGGUGGUGGUCCAGCGCCGCCGCCGAUACCAGUCGAUGAAAACAAAAUGCACCAGAAAUCGCACGAUCCAGACUACGAAGUAAUCGAUUUUCAAAAUCAGCAAUACUCGAACACGCCGCCUUUACCAACAAAAAAUCCACCAAAAGCCGCAGGUGGAGGACGCCAUUGCGAAUUGUGCGGCUCGUCGUCGGCCGCAGUCUCCUGCGACCAGUGCCGCCAGAUCUUCUGCCCGUCGUGCGACGACAUGUACCAUCGACAUCCGAAACGGCAAACCCACAUUCGCAAGGCCGUGAGCAUAGCAGAUCCCAUUCGCCCUCCGCUACCCCCAAAAGGAAUACCUUGCCCCCCCGUACCGCCCCCUCGUCGUCAUCGUCGCGCCGGUUCCGUCGGUCCCUCCCCAUGUCCCAGCCCGAUACCGUUUGGUAACAAUCAGAUGCCGACAUCGUCGAGGAAGGACACUAUUUUUUCGAUCAAAGAUCGAUUUGGUAGUCUUAAGAAGAUGAUGGGAACCAGACCACUUCCACCGACCCCCAACAAUUUUUAUCCGUCAAAUCCUCCACCUACAAGUGAUCGAUACCGUACACUUGCCAGUCCAAAUCUCCAGCAACGAUACAGGCAGCACCAAGCCGUUAUGAGAGGGAUGACUCCGUGUGAUAUGUCCGAUCAGGCACUAAGUAGAGAUAGUGGGUAUCCCGACUGGGAGCAAGAGCGGUGGGGCAAUCUGGGUCGGUCAGGAAGUACGUCGGGGUCCGAGGCUGGCCAUCCGCGUUUGCAACGCAGAACCAGUCAAUUAUCUACUGGAUCCAGUAGGGGGCAUAGCGCGUCAGUCUUCGACUUGAAUUCGCCAAUGGAUCGCCAUCGACAUUCACACGGGCCCCAUAUGCAGCAGGCUCAAUCUAUGGCACAUUUGAAUUGCCCAUCGUGCAUGCAAGGAGCCUGGAUGGAUCAGUGGGGGAACAUGUGCGACUCAUCCUGUUCGGGCAGCAACCUCAGCUUGAAUAUGCCUCCGGGCGGUUACCCGAUGUGGAUGGGUCCCUGGCAUGGUCAUCCGCCAGCGGGAAUGUAUCCGUACCCCGUAGCCAUGAUGCCGCCUCCGGUGCCCAGAGCGGAUUCCCCCCCUCACAGUGUUAAAUCUCGCAAGUCGUACAACAGGCGCAAAUAUCGAGACGAAGACGAAGAUACGGACGAUGACUUCGACGAGAGAAGAUCAAUUCGUAGCGACAGGAAGUCACGAGGAAGGCCGCCCAGGGAUACCAAUUCGAUACCGCGCGAGGUAAGACGAAGAGCGCCCGUCGAGAGAGGAGACCGCGUUUCUCUACCACCCAGGGGGAGGCGUAGCGUUCGCGAAACAUCCAGCUCCGAGGAGUUUCCGGUUGACAGCCGAAAAGAUACAACACCAAUGGAAGAGGACGAAGAGGACCCGAUCCGCGUGGAGGAUUUUUCAGAGCCUGAUAUUGUCGAAAUACCAGUCGAUAGAUGGGAAUGUGAGCACUGCACUUACGUUAACGAUGCAGGUACGCGCGUUUGUUCGAUCUGUUGCAAAACGCCCACCUCUGCCGACAUUAAAAUUAUACAAAGUAGCCCCAAAGGCAGAAGGAAGCCAAUCAUUGUAGAGGAAGAGGAGACGGAAGUGAAGACGCUUCAGCGUACCAGAUCAUGCGACGACCAAAUGAAAGAUUGUAGCGAAACCGAGUCGGUCUUGAACAAAUUUAGCAAACAAGUGAGUUUGGUUGAUAAACUCGAGGAUAUCGACAUGAUCGAAACGAUAGACAGAAAAAAAGGAAGUGAAACGGAACAGUUUGGAGCUAAUUUAACUGUUAACUCACAAAGUGAUAAAGUCGAAAGUGAACGCGAAACUGUGAUUAAUAAUCAAAAAGUGUCUACUGCCACCGGGCCUUCUCCUCCUAGAGAAAUUGAGCCGAUUAAACCAGAAGUUGCGCUAUUAACUACUAUGUCCACAGGAACUUCACCUCCACCACAAACAAUUUCUACUCAAACGUACGACGUACUACCACUACCCGAAGCGAGGCGAGCUUCGUCACGCUCAUCAAAAGUUAGAGCACGAUCUUGCAGCCGAAACAGCAGAAGGCAGGAGUUUGUGCGAUCUCAUUCUUUGCACGCCGGUGGGAAUCACGACUGGGGUUCAACCGAGUCGUUAGGUCGACAGUCGUUCUCGAGCGAUUCUCAGAGCCUGCCGGGUACUCCACCGAGGGUACUAACACCAGGUCGUUUCGAUUACACCACCCACUUUGACCGAGGUUUUACAAAGGAAAAGCCCUACCACUUGGAUUACCACAAACCCGACAUCAACCGAAGAGCAAGUUACAGUGACCUUCGACACAAGGAUUAUAGGAAUGAGUAUCACAAUCGCAUGGAUUUUAAUCACGACAACCUACAAAGACAAGGGUUCGAGCUGGUGAAACUACUGAGAGAAGCCGAACACUACAAGUACACAGCCGACGAGCUUCAGGCCGCUCUACUGCAUUGCGGUGAACAAAAUCCAGUCGACUGGCUUUGCCAAAAUUGGCACGCAAAGAUAGCGAGCGUUCAAACCCUGUCGACGCAAUUAGGUCGCGAAGGUCCGAUGAACGUUGUCGGUACGGUUUCUGAAGUUGAAGCCCGAGACGCCCUUUGUUUGCAUAAGGGGAGUGUGUGGCCUGCUGUCACCGAGUGCGUCGAGCAAAGGCAAAGGAAGUAUACCGAGUUGGCUUCCAGAGGAGAUUUUAGUCGUGAGGACAUUGUGACAGUAUUAACGGCACACCAUGGCAACGUGGAGGAGGCUUUUUCUGAAUUGAGCAAAACUCAAAUAAAACCGUUCUUAAUGCGAAUUUGGGGACCGCCGGUUGGUACAGAGAAUGAAGCUGGUAAUGAGGGGGCCACCUUGCAACAUAUACGGGGGGAAGGUAACGACAAAAAUAAGGAAAUACAUCCACAAGUGAUGGAAAAUGCUAAAGCGGUGAGUUCACCUAUUACUAUUAAUUUAGGACCGACGGAAGGCAAACAGGACGUACAACUUAAUCAAAUUUCUAUAGAUUUAGAAAACGGUGUGCCUCGAUUAGAUGUAAGUGACAAUACAAGUACACCCUUACAAAAAUUUCACCAAUUAGAAAAUGAACUAAUAACAUCCGUUGCAAAUAUCGAACUAAUCGAUAAAACAAAUUCUAGUCAAAGUGAAGCGCGACAGGAAAGUGUAGAGGUGCCCGUGAAUGAGAAAGAGAAUAAAAUUAUCGUUGAAAAAAGUGGCACGGUUAUACACAUUAUUGAAAAUUCAAAUAACUCCAAUUCCCCCGUUACCGUGGUGAACAAAUCGUUUGAGGAGGAUACGGAAUCGGAGUCGUCGAGUAGCAAUGAGGAGUUUAUUGACGCUGAGUAUACAAACGAAGGUGUAAUGAUCGCAGAGUCGGCUAGCAAAAAUUUAGUUAGCACACUAAAUAUCGUACUGAGCACAAAUAGGGAUGAUGACGUAAUUGUAUCCGAUGCAAACCCGAUCAUUAGUGAUGAUCAACAGUUGAUAGUAACCACUAGUGAAGCCGUGCAGGAAAGUUCAACACAACAUUCAGUAGAUGAUGAGAUUGAAAGUGGAAUUCCAAGUGAAGAGGUUGAAGUAGUUUUAGACAGUGGGACUUCAUCCACAAAUCCGCCUCCGGUAAACCAGACUGAAAUUGCAAUCACACCCGAAGAACAGGUUCCAAAUUUUUCCCUUGAGACACUCGCCCCCAAUGAAUUUCACACUGAAAAUGAACCGGAAGGAUCUCGUAGCUUAUCUCUAGAAGUCAAUUUGUCCCCAAACCUAACCCCAGUAGAAGUGAUUCCGAAUCCAUUAGAAGAGUUAACACUCGAGAGAAACGACGAGACUCGCAAUACUCAGAAGCACUCAGAGAACGAGGAAAUCAUUCCGAGACGGAAAACGAGAAAGAAAAGACGUCGAGGUUUGUCGAAGACGUUAACAAAAACGGACACGGAUCAAUUAAAGACCCAACCUUCAAAGGGGGAGGAACAGCCGAAAACCUCCACAAAAAUUCAACUGGCCCAAAAUUCGCAAAUGACCAUAACGGCGCGACCGUCGAAAAUUCCAAUUUCUCGCCAAAGAUCGAUAUCGAAAAACGAUUCGAGUAAGUACAGCAAAAUUCCGAUAAGAACAAAAAGAAACUCGGAGCGAGUCGGGUCUUCGUCCGAGGACGAAAAGCCGAACGAGCAGCGCAUCGAGGCGAUAGCCGCCGAAAUGACUCACGCCGCGAACGCAGUCAAAGAGCUCACCCGGCAACUGAGCAAUCCCACCGUUGCGACUAGGAAAGCGAACUUUGUCGCGACAAAAGGCAGCUCGAUUGAGUCGACCACAAGCUCCAAGCAGUGCUCGUACACUAAAUCCUUGGGAAACGAUAGUGAGUCGUCGGUUUCGGACAGUAACAUUGAGGAUUUACUGUCGGGGAGCAAUGAGGACUUCGAUGACUACGAAGAAGAGCGAACCCAUCACUUUAUCGAGGAAACCUGCGAGACCGAUCUCAUAUCGGAAGAGGAAGAGCAACCACCGCCCGUGGCUAAUAAUGACCCUCAAGUGCAUACCGAAAUUUUAACCCGUGACUUGCAUGUCGAAGUAAAAACUCCAACGGCCCUUGAAGUUAUGGAGAGACAGGCCCGAAGACUUCUAGCCGAAGGACAGGUGGCGUCGUACCAACAAGCCGAGCUCGCUGUCUCCUUAAUGACGUCGAAAUUUUCCACUGAAGAAGCGGUGGAAGCUGUUAGGGAGUGCAACUCGUUGGAUUCGGCGAUUGCGUACUUGCAGCAAGACUGUGAGCUGUGCACUGGGCGGUACUCAGUGAAUCAGAUGGUUUCGUUACUCAAGUGCACUCACCGUUGCUGUCGUGACUGUGCCAAAAACUACUUUACAAUUCAAGUGACUGAUAAAAACGUGAUGGAUUUGGCCUGUCCAUUCUGUAACAUGCCCGAUUUAAACGGAGACAAUGUCACCGAAGAUGAGGUCUCCGAGUAUUUUUCCAACUUAGAUAUUUUGCUUAAGGGAAUAUUAGAUUCGAAUGUACACGAGCUGUUCCAACGCAAACUGAGAGAUAGGACUCUUAUGCAGGAUCCCAAUUUUAAAUGGUGCGUUCAGUGUUCGUCGGGUUUUAUAGCGAAUCCUCGUCAAAAACGUCUUAUUUGUCCCGACUGUCGUAGUGUAACCUGUGCUAGUUGUAGACGUCCCUGGGAGAAACAGCACGAAGGUAUCUCCUGUGAGAAGUUCGCCGAAUGGAAAGACGCGAAUGACCCGGAAUAUCAGGCGUCGGCGGUAGCCAAACAUUUGGCCGAAAAUGGAAUUGACUGCCCCAAAUGCAAAUUUCGAUACUCACUGGCGAGGGGCGGUUGUAUGCAUUUCACGUGUACGCAGUGCAAGCACGAGUUUUGCUACGGCUGUGGUAAACCUUUCAUGAUGGGGGCGAAGUGCGGCGUUAGCGAUUAUUGCGCGAAACUGGGACUUCACGCCCACCAUCCCAGGAAUUGCCUAUUCUAUCUUCGGGAUAAAGAGCCCAACGAAUUACAACAACUCCUAAAAGAGCAUCAGAUACCCUUCGAUACAGAGGUCGCAAAUGAAAGCUCGACAGCCAUCUUGAAAUGUGUGGUGUUGUUACAGAAGGAAACACCUGCAGGGCUUGUGGAUACGAUAUGUAGCAAUGAAGUUAGUGUAGGGCAAGCGGGACUUUGUCGGAUGCACUACUUAGAGUAUCUUAGUUUAUUAAUAAGACAGCACAAAUUAGAAACUAUAUCAAUGUUAUCCGCCGACGAUUUAGAAACUGUAGUACGCCGAGCGGCGAAAAGGUUACCCCCUAACGCGUGGGGUACACCGAGAGAAAUGUAUCGUAAACGAUUACUGCAGAUUGUGAAAGAUCAAAUUCCACUGGAGUAAUGCAAGAUAUGUCGGUCAAUUAGUUGAAUUCCAAAGUAUAUACCGGGCUGCUGGAUGUGAGAUUGCUUUUUUGUUACUGAUGUCACUCAUCAUAUAAAUAGAUGUUAAAAUGUAUUAACAAAACACUUUUAUAGAAUGAUCUGUUGUACCCUUAUAAAUUAUUACAAUAAAAAAAUACACAAAAAA